GAUAUCCGACAUCAAUAUCGAUAUGCUAUAAUUCCUGAACUAGAAUUUCCACACAAGUGUUACCCUUGUGAUCAUCCGCAAUUAACAAUGAAUGUUGUUAUUACAAAAAUUGGUAUUUCGGUCACAAAGUCCGAUGGAGUUGGCUCUUUCCAACCAACCAAUACUGAUAGCGAUACCUCUACAUGCUAUUAUCGGCAAAUUGACAAAGAAGAAGACAAAGCUGUAUCAUGGUUAACCAAACUUGGACAGUCUUUAGCUAAAUGGCUACGCGAAAAUGGAGAUUAUCAAAUUAACAAAUCACAAGAAGUUUUACUCGAUUUCCCAGAGGGAUAUUUUCUUUACGAAAAAGUGAUAUCUGAUGGCACACAGAAACCGGAUACCUAUUUGUUCGGCGCGCAUAAAUUCGAAUCACCGAAUGAAUUCAUACCUCAUUUAAGAUGGCUAGUGUCAAAAGACUCACAACAAUGUCAAUGCGUAUAUUGUCCCCCAUCUCCCCCAUCUCCAAAAGUGAUAAAACCAACGUCAAGCGUUUCAACAUCUAAGCCAAAGGUAUCAAGAUCAUCGAGUAAAGCUACUGCUAUAAAAUCAUCCAAACUCUCGGAAUCUGCACAUAAUCCACAAGAAUCAGAAUCUCUUCCAACAUCACGUUCUCUCUCAAAAUCACGGAUGUUAAAACCUAGCGGAGAUGGUGAAUCAUCCAAAGAUUCAUCUAAAGAUCCAUCAACAAGAGGACGUAAAAAAGAUGAUCGUCCAAAAGCAAAAUACGCCGAAUAUCGUACUGGUGAAAUAGUCUGGGUCAUUCUUGCAAAGACUGGUGAUGCCAUUCUCAUUGACAAAUUUAAAGAUUUAAUCGUUGGUGACUCACCGAUUACAAAUUGGCCGGGUGUUAUUUACUCUCGCGGAAAAGUCGCGCCAGAUAUAGAUAUUGUAAAAUUCACAGUCAAAUUGGUCGUAUUAAAUACAGAAGUUUCUAUUAGACGGACAGGAUUGAUACCUUGGAAAGCUUAUAAUCCUGUAAUUCCGGAAUCAUUCUUUGAAAGUGUAAUAGGAA